ACCCCAAGAUGUACGAAGCAGUGUAGAAGAUAUGAUGCUUAUCGACGUAAUAGUAGAGGGUUGUAUCUCGCCCGAAUUGCGCCGUAAAAUCCUGGAAAAAGAUCAAUCACUCUCUGAGAUUGAAUCAUUGGGAAGUUCGAUGGAAAGUGUAAGGGAACAGGAACUUGAAAUGAAGAGGCGUUCCAGUGAUGUUAUAAGCGAACUUGAUGUACGCAAGGUGGACAAUAUUCCGGCUGACAGAGCCGCUCGAAAGCAACAACGUAUCGUAAAACGAUUCGUGAGCAAACCUUCUCCCAGGGAGCAAGGGAAUGGCUUAAAGGUUAUAUGCUAUGCGUGCGGCAAAUUAGGUCACAUAUCAAGAGACCUGGCGUGCCCAGCCAAGGGCCAACAGUGUCGAAGGUGCCAAAUUUUUGGUCACUUCGAGAAGGUUUGUCGGAAACGCGGUAGUUCGGUAGUUCGAGACAACAGCCUUACGAAGAAAGUUCGAACUGUCUGCAAUGAGUCGACGUCUACCCCAGCCAAGGAGGAUGCCUCCAACGACGUUGUCGACCAGAAGAUCUACUACACAUUUCACACGGGAAAUGAAUCGAACCUGUUGAAAUGUGAUGUGGGCGGGGUCCUCAUCGAUGUGAUCAUAGAUUCCGGAUCCGAUGCAAAUCUUGUCUCUGCCGCUACUUGGGAGAUGAUGAAAGCUAAAUGCGUCGUAGUUCAGAAGUGCACCAAGGGUAGUCACAAGAUUCUGAAGGCGUAUGGCAGCGAGGCACCGUUAAACUUAUUGGGUUCGUUCGAAGCUAUGGUUAAAUUGGGAACACGAUCUGUAUCCGCCGAAUUUUUCGUUGUUGAAAAGGGCCAGCGGAACAUUCUUGGCGAUUCCACUUCUAAGCUACUAGGAGUGUUGAAAGUCGGCGUUGAUGUAAAUCAAGUUGAAGUUCCAACCCCUUUCCCGAAAAUUAAGGAUGUACAAGUACGAAUCAAAAUGGAUCCAUCCGCCGUUCCAGUAUUCCAACCACUAAGAAGAAUACCAAUAGCGCUAGAACAUGCUGUCAACAAGAAACUAGAUGAACUGCUUGCAAAAGACAUCAUUGAGCCGAAAAGUGGUCCGGCAACAUGGGUGUCUCCUCUGGUUGUCGCAAAGAAGGCAAACGGUGAAAUUCGAUUGUGCGUAGACUUACGGCGAGUAAACCAAGCGGUAAUCAGAGAUCGACACCCAAUGCCGGUAAUCGAAGACGUGUUGGCGAAGAUUGGAAGAGGAACAUAUGGAGCACACUGGACAUAAAAGAUGCUUUCUUUUUGCUGGAGCUGGACGAGGAAUCGAGAAACGUCACAACCUUUAUCUCUCAUAGAGGACUGUACCAAUUCAAACGCCUUCCGUUUGGUUUGGUCUCUGCUCCGGAGAUAUUCCAGCGCACUAUGGACGCUAUAUUGGCAGAUUGCGAAGGUGCCUACUGGUACCUAGAUGACGUUGGUGUGGAGGGCGGUACCGUCGAAGAACACGACACGCGUCUCUCGAAGGUACUCAACAGAUUAAAUGAAAAUGGGGUGGUCUUAAAUCAAGAAAAAUGUAAAUUUCGGACAGUCGAGUUUCAAUUUUUAGGAUACCGGAUUAAUCCCGAAGGUAUUCUUCCAUCGGCAGCGAAACAAAAUGCCGUUGAAACGUUCAGGAGACCGAAUAAUGAAGGCGAAGUGCGAAGUUUUUUAGGUCUGGCAAAUUAUAUGGGUAAAUUUGUGCCAAAUCUAGCAACUAUGGACGAACCCCUGCGAAAUCUGAUACGAAAGGGUUCCAAGUUCCACUGGGGAGAUGAAGAGGAGAAAGCUUUUAAUCAAAUUAAGCACUCUAUUUGCAACGCAAAGUGCUUAGGUUUUUUUAAACCCGAAGACGAAACAUCAGUCAUGGCAGAUGCCAGCCCUUAUGCCUUGGGGGCAGUGUUGCUGCAGACAAAUGAUGCAAAUGAUACGCGAGUAGUUUGUUUUGCUUCAAA